AUGGCUGGAUCUUUUCUCAGACAAGUCAAGAAAACUCCAGAGGUAAGGGUUUCCGUUUUUAUGAGGUUUUAAAAAUUUUAUGCCAAAUCGUGCAGUCUGACACGAGCCAUAUGUUCAACUGCGUUUACUGAAAACGGAAGAAAUUUCUUAAUUUUGUCUCAUUUUGAUUCAAAGAGAACUCGACAGUUUUAACUGUUUAUUUCAACCAUUGUCUAAAUUUUCGCAAAUAUGAUGCUAGAGGGAAAAUGAAAAAGGAAUAUAACCGAAAUUUUCAUCUUGUGACUGAUUACUCAGAAUUUUGGUAAUUUUUCAAUUUUUUGCAAAUUCUGCAUAUUUAAUACUUAUUGUUACUGCUGCCCUAGACAUCUUUAGCUUUUCUAUGCAUUUAGCAACAAUCAACAUGCUCUUUUAAAACGCUCGACUUAAAAUGACCUACAAGAACACCCGCGGGGCUUAACAGACUGGCUUGACAUUGCCUUUACAAUUUCUGUCCUUUUUCCAUAAUAACCCACUUUCCAAUCCCAACACAGAAGUAUUUCGAAUUUUUGAAUGAAAAUAUGACCAAAUCCUAACAAUUGGCGUCCUGUAAAAACUUUUGUCAGCAGAGAAAUUUUUCUUUUUUACUGCAUAUAAAUCUCGCGCUUAUUUAUAAAGCCUGUAUGAAUACUUUUGCAGAUUGCCCCCCUGGUCCUGAUCGUAAGUGGAGCUUGUGUUGGUGCUAUUGGUAUGACGAUAAGAGCUGCUAUGAGGAAUCCAGACGCUAGGUAUGUAUUUGAAAAUUAUUUUUAAAAACUCAGAUCAAAACGUUCGAUCAUGAACUCAGUGUAGUAUUAAAAAGUCACGAACAAAUUUGCGACAUCGGCGCGUGAUGGAAUUAUUUCCUUUUGCAAUAUCCUUUACUUCCUCGUCACGUUUGUCAUAUAAUAUGGGUAGAAAAAAGAAGGAUUGCAACUGUUUUGUUCAUAUUGUCUAUAAAUAUCCUGCUAGUUUCGGUUUGGGGCGUGAUUGUUGUCACGCGAUUUCACCCGCUUCAAUGAGGUCAUGACGACACAAGCGGACGCUCAAUUUUUUUAAUUCUCCUCGUCGGUGCCUUUAAAAACGAUUAAUGAGGUGCCAUAAAAUACUGAGGUUUCAAAGAAUGAGGUCUGUUUAACAGAGAAAAAAAUCAAAAGAAACCGCUUUAACAUUUUAACUGACGCGUGUUGAAAUGCACGCGUGUGGAUGUCCUCAAUGCAAAUUAUUUAUAACUUGACGUCAAUAUUCACUUUAACAAUAGUCACGUAUUGUCGUUCGUUAUUUGUUGAUGUCACGCAUACUUAUGCGGAAGUCCAAAGGACGUCUGCCCAACCCACAGCGUAACUUUUUUCGUCGAUAUUUUAGCUUAAAACAGAACAAGGCAACAUUUGCAGGAGACAAAGCUCUUCAGAUAGUUUGCCCCAGUUUAAAAAUGGCUGGCAUUUUCCUGAAAGGGUCCAUAAAGGUUUCCCCAGUUUUCAAAUGGCGGGCAAAAGGGUCCAUAAAGAGCCAAAUGUUCUGCUAUCUAAUAAUUUAUUUCUUCACUGAUUGCACCCUAAUGGGAUUUUAAGUUGAAAUAUAUACAGAAACUCCUAUUAUUAGUAUAGGCAGAACGUAUAAAAUCCAAAAUUUGGAAAUCUCAUUUAGCAAGAAUUAAAACUAUUGGAUUAUAGCCUUUUUUGGCUGAGAAAAUGUGAGUGUUUCUUGGAAUUUGGGGAAAUAUUGUCUGUUAGAAUACAUUUUUGUGGUUUUAAUUUUAACAGUUCUUGCAUAGCCUCUUUAGCUUAUUAGAUGAUAUCUUCAUUCUUUUGAUAUUGCCUUGCAGUUGGGACAGAGCAAAUAACCAACAUCCUUGGCUUAAAAUCAAGCCCAACGAACAAGUAAAGGUUAGUAGUAAAUAGAUUUGGGCCGCUUCUCACUUUCCUUUAACCUUAUUUCUCUACUUCUAUUUCGGCUCUUUUUCAGAAAAUUAUUACUGUGAGUUACAAACCAGUUAAGUCUAAGUUAAAUUUACUAGAUUGUUUUUUAUUAGCAUUUCAUUUAAAAAAAGAGGCUGGUAGUCUCCCUGCGGCAACUUAAGAUCAGUUAUUUUUGUUUCGAAUUAUCCCGUUAAGUAACUUACAGUGUGACUGAAGUUAAAAAGAAUAUGCAAGAGCUGGUAAAAUUAUUUAGCCUGAUCUCAGGUCAACCAGUUUGCAAUAGUCGUUUGUUUUGCUUGAUAAAACAAUUCAUUAACAGUUGUGUGGGAGACCAUUUCAUAAGGGCUUAUAAUAAUAAUAAUAAUAAGAAGAAUAAGAAUAAAGAUAAAUUAAGCAGGUGUGGAUCCACACCUGUUACCACCAUUUUACAGACUGAUUGGUCAGAUACUUCAUAAUAAAUACAUAGAUUAAUAAAAUGUUCAAGAUUUAAUCCAGUUCCAUCAGUCUCCUUGUAUUCUGCUCUAGUUCAACUAUUGAGCACUCUUAUAGUUGAUGAGGACAUCACUCUGGUACUUUGGUUGAUUAACCAAAAAAUAUUUUUCAAGUUGAAAUCUGGAAAAUGGUGGGAGCUAAAAUCCAAAACAUUUUCCAGGGGAGCAUGCCCCUGGAGCCCCCUAGAAGCUUGAGUCUUCAGCCCUUGUCUGGGAAAUCGGUCACUAUCCCAGAUCCAUGCCUGCUUAAGUGAGUUUAUUCUUGUUAGAAGCUUAUACCACAAAUUAACGUAUUUUUUAAUUAUUAUGAUUAUUUUAUUGUUAUGAUUAUUAUUUUUUUGCAACCAGCUUUUACUUUCACUCACUCUGAAUUUUAAUUUUCUCAACAGCUUUACAGUCAUUCUGACUAUUCAAAGUUUGAGAGUGACAGACCAUCAGAUCCUGGAAAAUCAGAUUGAACUGAUCCAAGAAAGAAUGAAAAUAUGACAGAUAAAAUACUGAAGACAGCCACAGUUAGGGUUUGCGAUAAUGUUAAGAAGAACAUUAUAUACUGUGCUUUUAAGUGACUAAUACAACAUACAAGUGUAGAGAACUAGCUGAGUUUAAGUUAAUUCAAGUAGUUUUUUGAAAGUAAUUAAAAUGGAAUUUAAGUAACAUAAUCCCUGCUUGCUCCCUCAUCGACAAAGAUCUUGGGCGAUCACGCACCUAUUUGAAAGGUUGUUUUUGAUUACCUGUGAAAACAAUAGGGAUUCUCAUACAACAAUGCCCCUAUCCCUGAAAACAGUGGAAGUGCAGAUUAAAGGGAACCAGUGAAAUAAGAGGUUUAGAACGGUGCAGGUCUACUCAAGAUCUUUGAAGGAGAGGUAUGGACACUUUCUUGAAAAACACCUAGAAAUAUUUAACUAGUCAUGUUUUUUUAAGCUUAAAGGAAAGUAAAAUAAAUAAAAGUCAAUAUUAUUAAGUUAACUGAUGUUGAACCAAAUAUGUUUUCGGCACACGAAUGACGAUCGUACUGUGCAUAUUUAAGAUAAACCUGCCAUUGUAUGUACAGAAGUUGUGUUUGGUAACAGUUUGAAAAAGGUUGUCAAUAAUUAUUUUUCCUCAUAAUAACCUAAUAUUUAUAAUUUCAUUUUACCCUUUAUGCUCUUUAAAUAGGCCAAGUGAAGCAUGUUAACCUGUUUUUUAUCCUUGUUACAUGUUGGAACAAAUGCAUGUUUAUUGAAAUACAUGUACAAAUUUUAUGAACCAGUACAAAAUCUUACAGUAUGUAUAAUUAAAUACGUAUUGCAUUUAGUACAAUUUAAUAAAAAGAUAUUGAAAAAAUAGUUUGUGUUUCCCUUUUUUGUAAAUUUCAUGUACAUAGGUACAUUUAAAUAUUUCCCACGUCAUUAUUAGCGGAGCUCUCGUGCGCGAAGCGCGCGCAGCGGAGCACCAUGGGUAAAGAAAUGUGGUAAACUACCCAUCCGAGAAAAUUUGGCAAUCACGUGACCGUACACUGACCGCCCGCCCUCCCGACCGUCCGUCCGCACCACAGGCAUACCAAUGUUAAAUAAUUCAAUCAACAGGUAUGGCAACCAAAGUGCAACUCAAGGUUUUAUUUGGAAAGAAAUCGCAUGGCCGCCCGGACUUUUGGAAAGAAAAAACAACAACGAAGUCGUGUCUUUUUCGACGUUAUUUGAGAGAAAGUGCUAGAGCGAGUGAUUGAACACAAAAGAGACGAAUUACAUAAAAAUUCAAAGCGGCUGUGAGACAAUUAGAAAUGCUAGCGGCCAGCAAAGUGAAAAUGAGCGCCAGUGAAAAAUAAAAGCGAACAACACAGGAGACAAAAUAUUGGGUAAGCACAUACGACAAUUCCUCCAUAAAAAUAAUGUGUAGCUAGGAAGUUUGGCGUUUUAGUCCUGCAAAACAGCGUUGUAGUUGUGCAAAACAACGCAAAAAAAGACAAAAAGCGUGCUGCACGUGCAAAUUUGUUUUUUUUUGUUUUGCUAAUUAGAAAAAAAAGUGUGCUGCACGUGCAAUUUGUUUUUUUUUGCUAAUUAGAUCUAUUGAUCUUGAGGCCAUUUUCAUUGCCCUCCCCGUUUAGCAUUACAAGAUUUAAUUUUUUUUGUUUACAAGUAUUAUUUAAACCAGAGCUUCGCUUUUAGCCCUGGCUAAAUCUAUAUAUUAAGUUUGCCAAAACAGGCCGCCAUGUUCUUUCUGUGACGCCAAUUGUACUUAGCAGCCAGGCCUUUUAGCGAAUUCUUUUACGAAACGCGAACGCCAUUUUGCUUGCUCGGCCUUUUCGAAACGGUUCAUUUUGUAGCGUGCCUGGCCAGUUAGACUGAAGAAAUGGUGUUCGCAUAUUUAAAGAAAUAUCCUGAGGUAAGAUUAGGAUGCUGUUGGGAUGAUACUUGGUUGACUGUUGCGUUUUAAUGCGCAAAUUCAGUUUGUAGAUGCAUCGAUCGCCGCGGUUGGUCGCAAGUUUCCUCGUGAAAUGUUUAUAUUAAGUUAGCAUGUAAUAUUAGUUUGACCUUUUAUGCUUCUUUGGAAAAAUUCAAGUGAAGUUCCUUUCCAACUAUAGAAAGUGUCGUGGGCCGUUCAGCACUCUUAAAAUUUCGCACUUUUCUGUUUGUAAAAUUAGAGUUUAAAGUUCAUUUACGCGGCCCAUAUUGAUAUCGAACAUUCCAUUUUUGUACUUACCAGUCAAUACUACCCAGCUUUUAUUAUACCAAUCUUUUUAUGAUUAAUACAUUUAUUUACAGUGGUGUUAUGCAUAUAUAAUUUAUGUCAGUUACAGAGGAUUUCUUUUUAUACCCACUAUAUUGACAUACAGUAUUCCCUAAUAUUUAAGGUGCAGUUACACAGCUCGCCUUUACCGUGGUAAAUGAUCCUUUUACUGCAGGAAAUUAACAUGGUGCAUGUGACCAUACUUUCCCGUGAUAAAUUAAGCAUGGGAAAUAUCCAUGGUUAUGUCAAAAAGAAGAAAGAAACCCCCCAUUACAUUUAACGUGGUAAAUAGCUAGGGGUUUUUUUCAUACCCAAGGCCAGAGAGCCAAUCAGGUUUCUUCAUUUGACACCAACAGGAAACUGCAAAACAAAUUGCUUUUGUUAAUGGGGUUCUUUUGGGCUGUUCAGAGAAGGAUCAAUGUUGACAUGGUGGAUUUCACGUUAAAAUGAAAGUAACAGGGAAAUUUUGAGGCAAAAUUUUGAACUGAAUUCCACUAAUUCUGUGAGGAAACAUACUGAAAUCAUUUUGGGGGAAUUUGUAUGUUGAUCAUAUAUCAUCUGGUUCCCUAUUUAGGGGUUAGGGUUGUAGUCUUUUUGUUUUGUUAUCUUGCAAAGUGUUGCUCGGUUACAUGCUACCCAAAAAUAUUAUGGAAAGUAGGCAUUCAAAAGUGAAAAUUUUACAGAUGUUUAUAUGGCUGAGAGUGUGGUCAAUACCUUCAGUGAGUCUUCAGUCAUACAUGAACAGAAAGAGAGCAAAACUCAAAAAUGUAAAUGUUUAUUUGAUUCUAGCCUGUGCCAGGCUUACUGUCAGUGUGGACGAACGAUGAAAGGGAGAGAGAAGUGAAAUAGCGAGUGAGCAAAAAAUGGCAGGAAGAGAGAAAGGGAGAGCAUGGAAGCAUCUUUUCAAACACCUUAAUCACCCAGUAUCCUUCCUACUUCCUGAAAAACCAUUUCUUGUGUCAAAUGUCAAAACAUCUAAAGGUGCUGUGUAGGGUGGUUUCAAAAUGCUCACCAUGUUUGUUAGACUCUGUGCGCAAAGCGCAAUGACUGACUUAAGUGUUGAAGUAAACUGUCACAAUUGACCAAUCACAGGGUUUACCAGGAGCUGGUAUUUUGCAACAAUGCUUACAAGCUCAACUACUCUGUUUCUCUCCAGCCCCCACACAGUUUUUGCACAACUGUCCUUGAUCUGCUUUCUCCACUAUCUUCAGUUGGAGCCAAGGAAUCGGCUAAUUUGAUUCUCAUUGUCUUGCAGCUUAUCCCACUGUUUGUGGUGGUUGGUGCUGGAUGUGUGGGAGCUGCUGGAUAUGUAAUGAGGCUUGCUCUGAAGAAUCCUGACUGCACGUGAGUAUCAGAAAUAGCUGCGUUGCUGUGCAUUAAGUACUCACUUGCAGGGGUCAGUGUUGUCAAAUGGGGUAUUUCAGAAAACAAAACAAUCCACACCCCUCCGCACUCCCCUGCAUUCAAAGGUGAGGUGUCAGUUGUUUCUUAGAAGUAGUCCAAACAGUGACACAAUAUUACAUGGAGGAGGUGGGGAAAGACAAGUUGUAGUACAUUUUUCUUGUUGGAAGUUGGCAAUUUAAUGUCAAUAGAACCUUAGAAAGGCGCUUAACAGCAAAGUUUCUUUACUAUUAAAUUUUGACUGAAUGUAGCCAUUUACAAGCCUGGUUGAAGAGAUGAUCUCAGGAGUACCAAGACACAAAUCGAGCUAGUGAUCUGAACAGGAGUUGAACUUGGGGCCUUCAGAUUGCCAUACUAAAAUAAUCCCUUGAAAUUAUUUUUUUCCUUUUCUGAAACAGGUGGGAUAGAAAGAACAAUCCCUACCCCUGGCAGAAAAUCAAGCACAAUGAAUGCAAAAAGGUAGGUAGCGAUGGUAAAGUAUUCAAGUCUGUACUCUGUAAAUAAAAAACAGCAAGAAACUCACAGACACCUGGGACCUCAAUGCAGUGCUGCUACCACUCUCUACAAUAGAUGGAGAAAUGGACAAAAGUGCAGGAGAUUUCACAGUAAUUUUUCUUGCAUUGUCAAUGUUUCAUGUUUCUUAACAGGCUGACAGUUUGAAUAGCCAGCAAAAUCCCCAGUCCCUGGACAGGCCUGUAUUGUGGCUUUAUUCAGACUUGAUAUCUUUUGUGAGAAUAAUCACAAGUUGUAAAACGUACAAGAUUGCAGUGUUAUCGAAGUAAAACUUGAACAAAUAGCAGGAUUUAAUGUGAAGAUAGGUGUCUUGCAUUUGAAUAUUAUGAGUUUGAACUGUAUUUCUAUUAUUGAGCUAUUUUGAAAAAAUAGCUCAUAUGUCAGUGGUGUGAGCAUAUGUAUCUUUGUGGCUUUGUAACUUUGUAUGUUCGGAUGUUUGUUGCAAGAGCCAAUAAGGUUGAAGGUACUAUUAGUUGAUGCUUAGGAACCAAUGAGAUCUUAGCAUCUACUAAAACAUGACAUUGGUAAAGGUCGAACAAGGGCACUUUAAGACCGCCAUCUUGAUUCUUCACAAUUUUUUCGUCUUUUAUUGUUAGAUGCAUUCAUUAGCCUUUGCUCUUUGCCUCUUGUAAUGUGAUGCUUUAUGACUCAUGACUCUAUGACUUAGGUGGAUGUCACGUCUCAGCUGACACUUUGUUUUGAUUUAUCUACAGUUCUACAGCAUUGUUGAUUUUAAGAAACUGGAGGACCCAAGACCAAAUGUGAAGCUGGAUUAA